GAAAAAUCUGGCAAAAUCAAGACAGACUCUAGUGAAUCAUAGACUUACUUAAUAGAACUAUGCAUAUAUGAGGGUGAGAAGAUGAGUACUGUUAAAUAGCAGAUUUAGAUAUUUACAGCUACUUCAAAUUUGCCCAUACAAAAAAGUUCAGGAUGUUUAACCUUAUCUGUAGAUACGUUACUGCUGUAGUUAUAUUGAUAUAAUUCCCUUUCAGGUCUUCCUCUCUACCUUGGAGAGUAGUCUUUAGAAGCUUUUGAGAAUAUGCGAUCAACCUCUCUCAGGGAGAGUCAUUACAUGUGUGAGAAGAACAGGGGAGUCUUGUUAAGAAGGAAAUCAUUCCAAAACAGGACCUGCCAGAGAGGAGUCACCUGGGGAACCCACUGUAUCUUUCCAGUUCAUCAUUUUUCCAGAAAGUGAAUACAGGCUUGGACUUCUAUUGCUUUUGGUGUACUGGUCUGUGUUUACUUUAAAAUUACUUUGUCAAUUAAAUAACUUUAUUUAGGAAAACUGCCAUGAGACGAGGCAACUUAGAAGGUACCAUGAGAGAAAUCCAGUGCAGACUUCUGAUAGAGGUGUUAAACUUGGUGCAUCAGAGCCUGAACAGGGAGUGUCUCAUGGGAUGGAGUUUGAAUGAGCAUCAACAAUCUCUAAAACAGCUUCUUUUUACCACUUAGUGAAUCCUGUGAAAGAUCCAGCAUGUAGGAAAUUUCAUUCCAUUUGAUGAGUGACAGAGGAUGAGGCAACACAAAACUGUCAUGUUAAAAAUGGAAAAGGCGUCCCGCUCCCUCCGGUGCCGAGCAGCUAGAGUGGGAAAGCAGAUCCUGGCGGCUGAACGAGAAUGUGAUGCUUGAAGAGCCUUCUGCUCGCUUUGUACACGAGGGAUGGAAAUCUCAAAAAUACUCGGGCUCCUGGUAGAGCUCUCAAGUCUGCUAUCCUGUCUCAGAUGUGUGGAGGCUUUCCUGGGAUCCAAGCCCAACCAAAACCAUUUGCAGAGUGCAGCGCCCAGCGUGUGUGCUGUGGGACCUCUCGGCUAUUACAAUGGCUCCCUGGCGGUCACCGAGGCCGGGGCAGAGUGCCUCAACUGGGCAGAGUUCCCUGAUUAUGUUCUGCAGUACCCAGACCGUGGCCUGGGGGACCACAACUACUGCAGGAACCCCGAUGGGGGAACGACGCCCUGGUGCUUCUACAGGCUCGUGUCUGGGGCUGUCGGCUGGGCCAACUGUGACUGUAACCAAGGUGCUGUGCGGUUGACUGAAGACAGUAGUGUGGAGCUGUACUUCAAUGGACUCUGGGGUACCAUCUGUGCUGACCACUGGACUGACUGGGAUGCCAGUGUUGUCUGCAGGCAACUAGGUCUCAGUGAGAUUGGCACAGCUGGGAAGAAGAGUCAUCCUGGACCAUGGCCUGUUCCCUUGCGCCUGCAGUCAGCAAACUGCCAUGGAGAUGAGGAAGCCCUGCUGCAGUGUGGCUAUCAGGAAGCUAUGUCAGGAGCUUGUAACCAGGGGAGUGCCGUGGUAACUUGUGUUCCUCCAGAAGGUGUAGGUGCCCCACUGCGCAUAGUUGGGGGAAAGGAGAGCUUUGAAGGGCGAGUGGAGGUUUACCAUGAUGGCAAGUGGGGAACCAUCUGUGAUGACCAGUGGGAUGACCGGGAUGCUGAAGUAGUCUGUAGACAGCUGGGACUCAGUGGGACCCCAAAAGCCUUGUCAUGGGCUCACUAUGGGCAGGGAUCUGGUCCAAUCCUGCUGGAUGAAGUGCAGUGCUCAGGGAAUGAACUCUCCCUUGAUCAGUGCAAGAAGAGUGACUGGGGACAGCAAAAUUGUGACCACAUUGAAGACGCUGGGGUCUCCUGUGACCCUUUCACAGAGGGCGCUGUCCGGCUGGCUGGUGGCCGCAGCCCCAGCGAAGGCAGGGUGGAAGUUUAUUACAAUGGAGACUGGGGCACAGUGUGUGAUGAUGGCUGGACAGACCUCAGUGCCCAGGUGGUCUGCAGGCAGCUGGGCUUCAGUGGUCCUGCUGCCCUGGCCUCUGAAGGAGACUAUGCUGCUGGCCAAGGCUUCAUUUUACUGGAUGAUGUGGCAUGUGUGGGGACAGAGCUGUCUCUCCUGGACUGUCCCCACAGCAACUGGGGGCAGCAUGACUGCUCCCAUGCUGAGGAUCUGGGAGUCCGCUGUUCCCCAGAAAGCAACAUGGUCAUGGAUGGCACCCUGGGGCCUCCUGUGCGGUUGGUGGAUGGAGAAAGCCCCAAGGAGGGUCGGGUUGAGGUACUGCUGAAUGGGCAGUGGGGCAGUGUCUGUGAUGAUGACUGGACAGAUAGAGAUGCCACAGUGGUUUGCAGGCAACUGGGAUUCAGUGGUACAGCAAAAGCCAGGGCAAUGGCUUAUUUUGGCGAAGGCCAUGGACCCAUCCAUCUGGACAACAUAGAAUGCAGUGGCAUGGAGCACACCUUGGGGCAAUGUGCCAUGCCUGACACCAGGAUUCACAGCUGCUGGCACAGUGAGGAUGCCGGGGUAAUCUGUGACUAUGUGGAAGAAAAGGUCAAAGACAUCAGGAGAACAGGUCCAGAGUCCAGUGUGUGUGGGAUGCGCCUGCUGCACCGUCGCAAGAAAAGGAUCAUAGGGGGAAACAAGUCUCUGAGAGGCAGUUGGCCGUGGCAGGCCUCACUGCGGCUGAAGGGUUUUCGUCGAGAUACUCGUCUGCUGUGUGGAGCAACACUGAUCAGCAGCUGCUGGGUGGUGACUGCAGCCCACUGCUUCAAAAGGUUUGGUGUUGAUGUGCGGCGCUACCUCCUGCGGGUGGGUGAUUACCACACAGGUGUGAAGGAUGAGUUUGAGAGGGAGCUGCCUGUGGAGCGGAUUGUCCUCCACAGGAACUACUGGGCUGGCAGCAAUGAUAAUGACAUAGCCCUGGUCCGGAUGCGGGGCAGAGAAGGGCACUGUCUCUCCUUCAAUCACCACGUUCUGCCCAUCUGCCUGCCUGACAGGAGAGAGAGGUCUGACAUCAACAGGCAAGCCUGCAUCAUCUCUGGCUGGGGAGACACAGGAAAGUCCUAUUCCAGAACCCUGCUGCAGGGGGUGGUGCCCCUUCUCCCACGGGAAGACUGUGAGGCUCGUUACGGGCAGAAGUUCACCAACCGCAUGAUUUGUGCUGGAAACCUCUCUGAAGAUAAACGGGUGGACAGCUGUCAGGGUGACAGUGGAGGGCCACUCAUGUGUCAGAGAUCAAAUGGACGCUGGAUCAUUUUGGGCAUCACUUCCUGGGGGUAUGGCUGUGGUCGGAAGGAUUCGCCCGGUGUGUACACAAAGGUCAGCAAAUUCGUACCCUGGAUCAAGAAAGUGACCAAGCUAAAAUGAAGAUGACUGAGAUAUAGGAAUUUCAGCAUAUGCUCCCUUUGCCCUGCAGCAGCAGAAGGCUGUGGCUUCUGGUUUGUGACUGAUGGAGAUUUAUUUUGUCAUUGGACAUUGGCAAAAGAUUUUAAUCUAGAACUGGAAGGAAAACAGUUAUGACUGAUUUUCAAAGUCUUUGGUUUCACUUUAGUCUGUAAUCGCUAAGCAGAGAAAGCAGGUGCACAGUGGUGACAAUGAUCAAUAUACGUUGCUCUGCAUAUCUGAAUCCUUUAAUGCAAUCACACUUAUUCCUUUGCCCUGGUACACAGAAAUGGUAGAAGUAGAGAGAUACCUACUGCUGAAAAUCUAUUCAUGGUUGUAUGUUUGGACAAUUGAACAUGCUGCAAAGAGAGGUGAGAUGCUUGGAAGAUGGCACCAGGGGCUGGCAUAGUGGAAAUCUUCAGAUUUUUUUCAUGACAGCUCUCUUCUGUUCCAGGAAUCAGAAGAUUUGACCUGAGUUGAGGAACAGGUCAACAGUUGGGUAUUUUAGCUUCCCUGUUAUGUCUCUAGGGGGAACCUUUUCUCUUCUGAAUAGUAGGUCUGCUCCCAUAGGAUCCCUUUCAAGUGUCUGCCUGGACUGAGAUGCUUGUCCCUCUUGCCGUGAUCUUCUGUCACACAUUUCCGACUGCCAGAUGCUAUGGUUUUAUUGCUGCUUUUUUGGUAUAGUAGUUUGUGUGUGUGAUUGGGCUUUUUUUUUUUGUUUCCUUAAAGUAGCAUCUUCUAGAAUCUGUUGUUGGUGUGAGAGGCAGUAGAUUACUAAGAAGAACUCAAAAAUCUGACCUCAAGUGGGUGAAUAGACAUGUUAUUUUUCUUUAAAUGCAAAUGUAAUGUUAAUCUCAAACAUUUAGGUGUUGAAUAAUGAUUUAACAGCACUGUGGGGACUUCCUAGUAGUCCCUUAUUCAUCAUAUUUAUUAGCUGCCCUUUGUGCUGCUAGUCUUUAAUAUCUCCGUGUUCACAGUUUGCCAUGAAACAUGGAAUUACUCCGGGGUAUAGAUACACCUCAAGCAAAUUAAUCACUCCUUCUGAAAAACAGUAAGUGCUUUGCAAAGCAGCUUCCCAAUUUCAUGAACUGUGUCCUAUUCUUGGAACCUCUGGGCCAUGCUUCCUUUUUUCUCUUCUUUGCACUUUUUCUCUUUUCAUUCCUCUCAGUGGGAGUAAACUGGCUUAACUUGAGGGUAUGCAAGCACUGUCAUCAAGCUGUAGUUCUCAGCCUGAACAGACAUAAUGCUGAGAGAAAGCAGGGGUUAUUGAAUAUUACAGUUUCUUCCUUCUGUCUCAUCCAAACAAAUGAACAGAGUUCCCUCUUAUGCCUUAAGCACUUGUAAAAUUAAUAUAUUAUUCUUGAGUAGUAAAAAAAGGCUAAGUGCCUUCAGAGUUGUGCUGUGCAGUAUCUUCUCACUGUGUACAGAUGAGGCAGAGAGGAGACAGGUCUGUGCAGGAGGAGGAGCAAAAAGCUUUGAUGUAUAACCAAGGGCUUGAAUGUGGAGGAUUGAUACAGGAUGGGACAUGUGGAACUUGUGGAACUUUUGGGUAGGCACUAACUGGGUCAGGCACUGACCUGCUGCCUGGAAGGUUUGCAUUGAGGUGUUCAGUAUCUGGGUAUUACCAAAGCAAGAACAGAAGGCAGAGUACAAUCUGUGGAUUAGCAAUGUCAUAUUAGAGGGCAUAUGGUGACAGAAUCCUAGAAAUUGCCUUGGAUUCAAGAAGUAGUGAUUGCCUAAAGUUUUAAUUUGUCUUCUAAAAAUUAGCUUAAUGUAGAGGUGCUGAUCUGACUAGGUUGGCUGAUUUUUUUGUGUGAAGGCUAAACUAAAGAUUUUCAUUUACCCUUUCCAGGUAUUAUAGGAUAGUUGGGCUACCAGUGUUGCAAUGAACUGUUCUAAAAUCCUGCUUGCAAACUUUAUUGUAAUGAAGAAUCGUUGGAAUCUUUAAAACAUGCAAUGUCAGGACCCCUGCAAACUGGCCUUUGAGACAAACCUGAUCCGUUUGUGCCUCUUCUUGAGGUGCUGAAUGUGUUCAUCACAGCUUUGUGCUGAUAACCCUGUUUAAAAUGCCAGACUUGAUCCCUUGGCAUCACUCUGCUUGGCUCCACACUAGUCAUGCUUCCUAUGGCUCCUGGCAGAGUCUCUAAAAUGCAAGUUGCAGACUUCUGCUUACCUCACAGGAAUUAAAUGCCAAGUUUUACACUGGUAGGAGCAGUACCCAUCUGGGAAACAUGGAGGGAUUUGACUUUUACCUUCAGCCUCCCUUGAGCCAGCAGCUCAAAUGGAGUUUCUGUGCCUUGGGUGCUGUCACAUCUCUAGUUUAACCUGGUUUGAUCUUUCAGUUUAUACCCAUAACCCCAACAGGCAUAGAAACACCCAAAGGAUGACACUGUGAGGAUAUUUCCCUAAGCUUACUUAGCGAGUGGCCAUUCAGGAGUUAGCAUAAAUUACCAUGUAACACAACUUAGAUGCAGGCCUAGCAUUGUCUUCUGAAAUGCCCAUGUUCUAGUUAAAAAUAUUUCUUUCUCCUAGAUCUUGUCACUAUGAAAGCUGUGAGAGUCCCUAUAAUUAAAACCCUUCCAGUCCUGCAUGAGCCAGGAGGAAGGAAGGAAGUAUCCAAUCUCCUUUGCCUGCUUUUAUAUCUUCCUGGUGCUGUAGGCAAGCCUGUCAGUACUCUCCUAGGUUGAGCUGGCCUGUUUCUGGAUACAGCUGUUGCUCUUCACUGUUUAACCUGGGGCUGUGGCCCAAACCAAACUCAUGUGCUUUGCCACUUAGGCUGUGCCACUGGAACUGCCUAGUUGGAUGGGCAGCACUCAGUCACCCUAGGACUGUAUUUUGUAAAGUUGGACAGCAGCAGAUGUUUCAAAAGAUAGCAUGUGUGAGUUGUACUGAACAAGUUUUAGCAACCUUUCCUUUUGGGGAAUUUUGUUUUUGACCCAUUUAAAUUAAUUACUUGCAUUACUAUUAUCGUCAUUAAAAAUGAAGUACAAAUACUUGAUCCUCUAGGUGUUGUACAAACACUGUGCACUAUCCUUUUGUCAUUCUUUUUUUUUUUUCCUAAAGCAUAAUAGUUUAUAUCCCUAACUUUUAAAAACUAUUUAAUGUAACCAGCCUUCAUCUUCCAUAUAAAUGGUUAAUGUUUUUGGUUUUAAUCUAAGCUCUCAAACUCAGUACUUUCUGGCAAUGAAAACAUUAUAAUUUUAUUCUCCAUAGCACAUAAUUUCUUUUUAUGGUUUCUGAAUUAAUUGCCUUUUGUUUUCAUUGAAUACCAUCUGUCCUUGUGUUCUCAGCCAUGAGAGGAAAUAAGGGGCCUGGCUUUAUAUCCUCUGUUACGCAUUAUUCUAGAGAUAGUUCCUUUUCCAAGACUGUGGCUUCUCUGUCUCUCUUCAAUCCAAACUGUCUGGGUAUCUGAUAACAUGCUGAGUCUUUCUCUGUGUCUUCUCUUUCUGAUGGAUCUUUAAAUUUUGGUAAACAACUGAAUACAAUUUGCCAGGGGAGGCUGUAUCCCCUGCUGAUUAUUUGAGUACAAUUUUCUAUAGCAGGCAAUUCUGUAAGUGAUUUCAGUGCUGUGUCUGUAUGCUGGAGCUAGUUUUAAACUUGCUGGUGUGGUCUUGGUGGCAGCCUUGCUACAAGAGGAUGAAAAACCGCUGAGGUCAGUUCCCCCUGUGUCUCAGGUAGGUGCAGCAGUCCCACUGAGCUCACAGAAAUUGCUGUAGGUCUGUCUGUGGAGCUCUGGGCAGGGAGCACCUGGAAAGCUGUGUAGACCUUUGCCUGUGCUGACAUAUGAGGAGGUCUGAGACAAUCCACCUUCACAGCAUUAGUCCUGGAUAAGGCUAAUGCAUGUGCACUGGUUCCAGGAGCUGAGAGCUCAGUCAGUGCUGCUGGUGGCUGCACUCUGCCAUGCAUGCUCUGAGAGAACUUUCCAUAGCACAGUGGCGCAUCAUGGUUGUGUGAGAAAAGGGAACAUCACUGUGAGUGGCUAGGAGCAUUGGCAGGAGGAGAAACAUGGCUAUGGUAAGGAUCUAAGGAGCAGCUCCUAUCCCUCUUCCAGAGAAUGUCCCAGUGCUCCAAAGGCUGCCUCAGUGCUGGGGUGUUCCUGAUCUGCAGUGCCUGCAGUGGUACUAUCCCAAACCUGUUCACAUUUUUGGCCACCUGAAGUUGGAUUAAAUAUUUAUCACUUUUUUGUGGCUGAACACUGUUCUGAUGAUUUCUGUGAAUUAUGUUCUAUGCUAUAAUUAAUCAGGCAGCUGUUUAUUAACCUGGACAGGAUGUCAAUUAUCCUUGUAAUCUCUGUAAAUUUAUAGCAGAAAUUAACAGAUCAGUUUCUCAAAGGUAUGAGUGGAGACACUGGUGAGGAACCAGGAAAAUAGGUAUUUGCUCUUUCAGGGGUAGAUCUGCCUUUUGUCUGUCUUCCUUUCUUCCUGGAGCCUGUAUCCUGAAGUCUCUUCACCUCAAAAGAGCUGCAGUGAUUCAUCAACCACUUGAAGACAGAUUUUUAUGUGUAUAUUCAGCAAUCAGAUGAGAACUUUGGAGAGAUGAAACUACACUGUGGUAUUUAACACUAUCUUGAUAGACUCACUGGGAAUUUCUUACAGCUAUAGAGAACACAAUCACCUCUGGUGAUAACUAAGUUGGAACUACUCCUUGUAGAACAAGGCACUGUGACCUGGACUAAUGCACAUCUCCUGGGCUGUGUUUUCAGUUGUUUGGAAAAAUACUUAAUUUUCCACAUCAGAAACUUCUUUGUGUAGUAGCCCACCCAAGUCCUACUAAAAUCCUUUUCUACUAAGGGCUGAAUACCUCUGAAAUCAGUCCAGUGCCAAAGCUGUCAUGUCCCCUGGAUCAACACCAAUGGCUCACAAGGUAUGUUAAUAAAUGGAUUAUAAUGUGA